AAUCACCCAAACCUGGAGACCUUUUUCCCUUCCUAUUUAUAACUACCAGCUUAAUCUGUUAACUGCAAAAACCUUAGUUAUCAACUUAAGAAUAGAGUCAAGAUGAAGUUGUUUCAAUGGGUGCAUCGAAAACUUCGGCAGAAUAUUGAUCCCGUCAAGGACUUCACCCUUGGAAAUCCUUGUGCUCCUCGCCUUACAGUGCAGCUAACAGUUGAUAGCCAAUACUCUCAGACAAAGUCAAGCUUCAGUUCCAUUAACCAUUCCGGUUUCUUAAAGCCGCGGUAUCAGGAAAGUCAAACAUCUUGGGGCAGAGAAGACGAAACAUCUGCAGUCAUAUCUGAGCUCUUUGAAGGCUUUCUGACAAUUGGAACACUUGGUGCAGAGGCAGUUACCAAUGAGCCAGCAACACCAACAUUUGCUACGCCUUUAGAAAACCUACCUACGAAAGAUGUGAUGGAGACUGAACUAAAGCUCAUAAGUUAUGAGCUUGAGAAAUUCCUUGAGGCUGAAGAAAAAUGUUUUAAUGAAUCAUCAAGAAAAAACAGUCUUAGCAACAUCACACUUAGCAGAAAGGAAACAGAUGGAUCCGAUGCUGAAGAAUAUGGAAACGAGGCUGUAUGUCCACUGCAAGGAUAUUUAUUGGGGUCAUCGUUCAAAAUUACAGAGAAAGUAGAAGUGACGGAAGAGUGGGCAUCACUUGCUGAGCUAUUUCAAAGGACAAAGACAACAAAAGAAGAAUGUACAGAGACAGGAGUAAAAGAGAAACAAGUCAAGCAAGCACAGAAGUCUGCCAUGCAUAUUAUGAAAAAGAUGUGGAAAAAGGUCUACAGUUCCUCAAAAAGCUGUAGCACCGCCGGGAAUAUAGUUGACUCUACUACAACCAAUGCAAAGCUCCGUAAGGUUCCACGCAAGUUUCACAGAAAAGUCUAUCCUAAAGACACCAUUAAUGCAAAAAGUGUUACUAAAUCCCACACAGAUGACAAUGGAGGCACCAGAAACCCAGAUCCUGGCAGAAAAUUUAAUACAGAUAACAAGUCAAAAAAGUGGUCUAAACACUGUGAAACCAUCUGGAACCCAUCGCAAGAUGGCCUAAGUUGCGAUGGGUCGACUGGGAACAAUGAGCACUGGAUCAAAACAGAUGCCGAGUAUUUGGUGCUGGAGCUAUAGCAACUUAUGCUGUGCGAAAGUAUUAAUAAAUUGAGCCUCUUUAAGAGACUUUGCUGUAGCAACUUAUGCUGUAUGAAAGUAUUAAUUAAUUGAGCCUCUUUAAGAGACUUCUCAACAGAAGUAUUUCUGGUGUGAUUGUAUUACGGAUAUACAUUUAGUACAUUCAAUAAGCCUGUGAGCUUUAUGAAAUCUUUCAAAU